AUGUCAAUGUAUCCCUGGCAUGGGAUCCCAAACCACUCCGCGCCGCAGCCGCAAGUACAACCGCAACAACCGCAUCAAAGUCCCCAUGCGCAGCAUUCACCAUCAGCAGCGCAGUCGCAUUCGCAUUCCCACUCCACAUCCACGUCUUCUCCGUCCACACCAUACCAAAUGCCGCAUUUACGAUGGAUGCCGUCAAUGAUGUCGCGCCAGCAGCCGCAACAGCCGCAGCCGCAGCAACACCAGAAUACAACCAGUGGUAGCGCAAGUGCGACGCCGAGUAUAUCGUCGAAUCUGCGCAUGGGCCAGAACUCGAACCACCAGUCUGUUUCAGUGGUUGUUGAGACGAGGCCCAUGUCGGAGCCGCAGUGUGGUCGGGGACCUGGGGAGGAUGGUAUGGAGGGGUCGGAGGAGAGUGAGCAGGAUGCGGGGAGGGAUAUGGUUGUGUUGGAUGCGCCGGGGGAUGCGGAUUAUGUGUCGCCUGAGGGGAAUGCUGGGGGUGGACGGCGGAGGAGAUGUGGUGGGGGUUCUGGUGGUGGGUUGGCGGUCGCGAAUGAUGAUAGGGAUAACCCUAUCGACGAGGUGGAUAUGAACACUGCCAGCCAACUCAUGGCUGCUGGUAAUAAUGCGGCAAGCAAUGAACGCAAACAUGGCAAACGUCUAACGACAUCUGAGGAAGUGUCAUUGUUUGAAAUCUGCAACCGCCACGCACCCGACUUCGGACAGCGGAGCAACCUCUGCAAGUGGUGGAUCACCGUCACUGCUGAAUUCACCCACGAUCAAGGCCAUCCGUACUCGUGGCAUUCCGUGCGUCGUAAAGUCGAGAUGGUGACCAAGCAGCGCAUGCGAUUCCUCGAGGAGCAGCGCGAGAAGGGCGCCGCUGCCAGUGAAGAUUUAUCGAAUCCGCGGUGGCGCGCUGCGGUUGAUGCUUGGAUACCCACGUGGCAGAGGUGGGAGGAAGCGGAGGCAAAGAGAAUUGAGAAGAGAGAUUCACGGAAGACGAGAAAGAGGAAGAGUCGGGGAUGGGAGUAUCCGUGGGAUACAGUUGUUGCGCCGGAGGAGGAUGACGGGUGGAGGGCGCCGUCGGUCGAGCAUACAACCACGGGUACCCCAGGUUACAAUCAGACCCCGGUACAAGUGCAGGCGCCUGUACCUGUCUCUUCGACACCAGUCCCCGCACUCCCACAAGCCAAUGUCCCCGUCCCUGUCCGUCUACCACCGGGCUUCGACUCAAUGUUCUCCAACCCUAACCCAUCGCCACAAUCACCACCAACAGCACCACUGGCCCAGAAAACACCAUACCAAUCUAUCUCUCCUGCACCAGCAGUAGCAGCAACAGCGACAUCCACUGAACCAAACAUGAUGACCGCUCUCCUAGAAACACUAGGAAAAUUAAAUAAGCACCUCGACGCAAAUCCAGACCCACGUUCUGCUCUUGCUCCCGGGCAACAGAAUCACCAUCUUAAUGACAAUGAGCAUAAUAAUACAGAUAAUAUAAUGUCAACGCCGCUUAGCCUGCUCAAAGAAGAGCUCAAGCGGGAGAUACGUGAGGAACUCCGCCGGGAAAUCGAGCGGGAUCAUGCAUCGUUGGAGGAAAAGCUAGAUUCGGUGCAGAGGACGCAGGAAAUGAUUCUGGAGAUGUUGAGGCAGGAACCUGCCUGA